AUGAGCUUGACAAUCUAUCUUUUUGACAGUAAAUGUUCUCGCUCUUCUAGGACGACAACUGAUGUCUCAGGUAUCACCAAGCAUACCGUCAGCCUAUUUCAGCCUGCUCAUAUCUAUAUUUCAGUCACAUUAGCUCCCUAUCUAUCUAUCUAUCUAUCUAUCUAUCUAUCUAUCUAUCUAUCUAUCUAUCUAUCUGCCUGCUCCUAUCUAUAUUUCUGUCUUACGAGGUUUCUAUCUAUCUAUCUAUCUAUCUAUCUAUCUAUCUAUCUAUCUAUCUAUCUAUCUAUCUAUCUAAUCUUCGCUCCUCUAGGACUAACUUAUGUCUUAGAUAUCAUCAAGCGUACUAUCAGCCUGCUCCUAUCUAUAUUUCUGUCUUACGAGGUUUCUAUCUAUCUAUCUAUCUAUCUAUCUAUCUAUCUAUCUAUCUAUCUAUCUAUCUAUCUAUCUAACAAUAUGGUUUUCGCUCCUCUAGAACUAACAUGUCUUAGAUAUCGUCAAGCAUACUAUCAGCCUGCUCUUAUCUAUAUUUCUGUCUUACGAGGUUUCUAUCUAUCUAUCUAUCUAUCUAUCUAUCUAUCUAUCUAUCUAUCUAUCUAUGAGUUUAAUUUAUUUUUGUUCGCAAUAAGGCUUCAGGUGUUUGUUAAGUAG